GGGGGUGUUGUAAUGAAUUUGAUUGGGUUCCAAGGCCGAGCGAACACGACUCGUUUAUCUGAAAGUCAGCCAAUCUCUUAUACUUUGUUUACGCGCGAUCCACUCACUGUUCACUUCGGUAAUCUCCUCCUAAGAGGAUUCCACUCAUCGCUUAUCAGCUAUAAGUUAUCAGCUAGAGAAGCUAUGAAUUCCCGCUCCCUCGCUGAUAACACGGUUAUAAGCUAUCUCUGUGUGCGUGUGUGACUUGUAGACCCACUAGCUUCAUUUGCUCAUUGAUCGGCGGUCACUCGACGCGGAAAGUUCCACGGAAAAGAGCAGCGACAAUGGCAGCAGGUGCAACCAAUCCGGACAUCAAGCGGGUGCUCUCCAUCCAGAGCCAUGUGGUCCACGGCUAUGUGGGCAACAAAGUGGCCACCUAUCCACUGCAGCUGCUGGGCUUCGAUGUGGACCCACUCAACUCGGUCCAGUUCUCCAAUCACACGGGCUACAAGACCUUCAAGGGCCCCGUUUCCAACGAAAAGGAGUUGGCCACCAUUUUCGAGGGUCUGGAGGAGAACGAGCUGCUGCCAUUGUACUCACACCUCCUGACCGGCUACAUCGGGAAUCCACUGUUCCUGCGCCAGGUGGGCCACAUUCUAAAGAAGCUGCGCCUGGCUAAUCCUGGCCUGGUAUACGUCUGCGAUCCGGUGAUGGGUGACAACGGUGAGCUCUAUGUGCCCAAGGAGCUAUUGCCCGUGUAUCGGGACGAGAUCAUUCCACUGGCGGACAUCAUCACUCCCAAUCAGUUCGAAGUGGAGCUGCUCACGGAGAAGGAGGUGCGCAGCGAGGCGGCUGUCUGGGAGGCCAUGGAAUGGUUCCACCAGCGUGGCAUCAAAACAGUGGUCAUUUCCAGCAGUGAUCUUGGCCAGCCCGGUGUUCUGCGUGCCUUUCUCAGCCAGCAGAAUGGACCCCGCCUGGCCAUCGAUAUUCCCAAGCAGGGUGGCAAGGAUUUGGUCUUUACUGGCACCGGGGAUCUCUUCGCAUCCCUCUUCCUGGCUCACAGUCAUGGCAGCAAGGAUAUAGCCAAUGUCUUCGAGAAAACCAUCGCCAGUUUGCAGGCGGUGAUCAAGCGAACUGUAGCUUCUCUGCCCGGCGGUGGAAAUGGCCCAGUUAAAGCCGCCGAACGGGAACUGAAGCUGGUGCAGUCCAAGACGGAGAUUGAACAGCCCCAGGUGCUCCUCAAGGCGCAGCGACUUAACUAGACCGCGGAAACCCAUUUGAACUCAGAGGGAAACGAUUACCUUUACAAUAUUUACUAUACAUGUAUGCUCAUUGCAUUUGUUUACGGACAAUAACCUUUUGAUACCUUAUGAUCAGCAUUUACAAGCAUUGUUAUAACGAUAAAUGAUCAACAGAGUGACAAGUUAAGUACCAUAUAUAAUUGAUAAACAACCGAGAUCAAACAAAUAUAUAUGCUCAUUAUUCGGACAAGUUUUGAUACCUUAA